CCACCAUGUCCGUCUUCAUCGUCCUCUCUCUCUUGGGAUUUCUGAGCUUCACACCCGAAGCUGCUCCAGAACCUAGAAGUUAUUCCUGUAGUGAUGGAAGCUAUUUCGGACCCAACAGUCCAUUCCAAGCCAAUUUGAAUUUCCUUCUCUCUUCCCUCACCUCCAACGCUUCUCUACCCGACGGUUACUACCGUACCACCGUGUCCCCGUCCACCCCUUCCACCAUCACCGGUCUUUUCCUCUGUCGCGGCGACGUCACCCCCGCCGUGUGCCAGCCUUGCGUUGCCGCUGCAUCCAAGGAGAUAAGACGCCUCUGCCCAAACCAAACAGAGUCCAUAAUCUGGUACGAUGUGUGUAUGCUUCGUUACACGAACGGGAACUUGAACCCCAUGGUUCCUUAUGUGAGUUUGAGAAACACCAACACCAUAGCUAGCUCGGAACGGGAUCGAUUCGACCGCGUGCUGUCGAACAUGUUGAAUAAUGUGACAGAAAAAGCAAAUAUCCAGACAGGGUCCACAGGGAAGAGGUUCGCUACGGCGGAAGUGAACUUCACGUCGUCGGAAACCUUGUACAGCCUCGCACAGUGCACUCCUGACUCGGCCGGCUCUCACGUUUCCUCUGAACCACUGGUUCCUCCUACUUCAGGAAGUAGAAAUAUCUCAAUGAUUGUUGCGAUUGUUGUUCCAAUUGUUGUUGCUUUGGCACUUCUCGUUGUGGGUUGUUGUUUCCUCCGUAAGAGAGCAAGCAAGAAGUACAACUCGUUCACAGAGGAUGCUGGGAUUGAUAUUUCAGAAAUAGAGUCUUUGCAAUUUGAAUUGGCAGCCAUAGAAGCUGCCACGAAAAAGUUCUCAGAUAAGAACAAGAUUGGCCAAGGUGGAUAUGGGGCAGUUUAUAAGGGCAUCCUUCCAAACGGACAGGAGAUAGCUGUGAAGAGGUUGUCGGUAACCUCCUUGCAGGGUGCUAUGGAGUUUAGAAAUGAAGCUGCUCUUGUGGCCAAACUUCAACACCGGAAUUUAGUGAGGUUGUUGGGAUUUUGCUUAGAAGGGCAAGAGAAGAUACUUAUCUAUGAAUAUGUCCCAAACAAAAGCCUCGACAGGUUCCUAUUUGAUCCUGAAAGGAAAACAAGACUAGAUUGGCCAAAACGCUACAAGAUUAUUGCAGGCAUUGCUCGAGGAAUGCUAUAUCUCCAUGAAGAUUCUCAACUUAGAAUAAUUCAUCGUGACCUCAAAGCUAGUAAUGUCCUACUAGAUGCUAGUAUGAAUCCUAAAAUCUCAGACUUUGGUAUGGCAAAAAUCUUCCAAGGUGAUCAGGCUCAAGCAAAUACAGGAAGAAUAGUUGGCACCUUUGGUUACAUGUCUCCAGAGUAUGCGAUGCACGGACAAUUUUCUGUAAAAUCAGAUGUGUUUAGCUUUGGUGUCUUGGUUUUAGAGAUUAUUACUGGCAAGAAGAACACUGAUUUGUACCAAUCACAUCAAGCCAAUGACCUCUUAAGCUAUGCCUGGAAUAACUGGACACGAAAAACACCUCUGGAGUUGUUGGAUCCAACACUGAGAGGUUCUUAUUCAAGAAAUGAAGUCAUAAGAUGUAUCCAUAUUGCUUUAUCAUGCGUUCAGGAGAACCCUUCUGACAGACCAUCGAUGGCAAAUAUAGUACUCAUGCUCAACAGUUACUCUGUUACUUUGUCAUUGCCUCGAAAGCCUGCAUCCUUACUGGGCAGAAGAACACCAAACAGGCAAAACAAUGUUGUUGAUUCUGACCAAUCUACAUGUUCGAUUCUAUGGUCUGAGCUCCGUUUUUGUAAGGUCUGUCUCAGUACUAUGACAGAGAAUGCGAAUAAUCUAAUUUUACGACGACGGAAGUGA